GUGAGCAGUCAAAUUACCCAGCAUUCAACACUGAUCUGACAGACACUUGUUAAAACGAUAGUCUGUGGAUGACAGCAGAUUGAUCAAUCGUUUACAUACUGAUUUUCACAAGUAGGAAAUGCUAGCUAAAGGAAAGUAUCAUUUUGGGCCAAUAACUAAUGAGGAUGAAAUAGUAACAGAUACUUUAUCAGAAGAUAUGAAAGUGGAACAUUUAAUUGUAGACGAAUUUGAAACAAGAAUAGACUUCUUAAAUAAUGGUGUACUACCUGAUCCAAGAAUUAUGAUACCUCAAAUUCAAACAAUGGACGUCUUUGAUGAUGAUAUCUUUAUCUGUGCUUUUAUGAAAUGUGGUACUCAUUGGCUAUGGGAAAUGGUACAGAUGAUAGUGAACGGCAAGGCGGAAUACUUUUCGAAAGCUAAAGAAUGUUGUACAAUGGAAUUCCAUUUACCAGAUGAAUAUAGUGAUUUUCAGAGGCCAAGAAUAUUCAACUCUCAUUUUACACCAAAAUGUUUACCGAAACAAGCGUAUGAAAAAAAGUGUAAACUGAUCAUAAUUGAACGAAACCCGAAAGAUAUUAUUACAUCUCAGUAUCACCACUGGAAACUUUUAUUCCCUCAAAUCGCACUUCCAUGGUCAGACUUUCUUAAAAGUGUAUAUACAAAUGAUCGAAAUAUCAAUUCCAAUUGGUUCUUUUACCGAAAAAAAUGGUCUGAUUUCUUGUCAUCAAGUAACAACCCGUGCCUUGUAUUGAGAUAUGAAGACAUUAAACAGAAAACCCUUCAGAGUUUGUUCACACUUUCCGACUUCUUAGGUUAUCCACGCGAAGAAACAUUUUUAAAAGAAAUACAAGAGAAAUGUAGUUUGGACAAAAUGCGAGACAUGGAAAAGUUAAGAGAAAGUGGAACUGACAUAAUUAACUCUGAUCAGGUGUCCAAGUUGUACAGGAAAGGUGCUGUUGGGGAUUGGAAGAAUCAUUUUACAGUUGCACAGAAUGAACAAUUUGAAACUCUGUUGGAGAAAAAAAUGAAUGGAGAACAAGUAAACUUUACAUACGAACUAUAAAAAGGAUCUGAUACUUUACUAUUUCCUAUUAAAUUUUCAGUAAAAGCAUUUUUCUAGAUGUA